CGCGCGACGCAACCGGAAAUUCAAUUCUACAGAACAGAAAGUAGAAGAAACGGAAUCACAAUGAACACCAGAGGUCUCCGCUCUCAGCUGAAAGACAGCGUCCCUGUGGCCGGGAUGUGUCCACAGGGAGCUUACGGAGUGCAGGACUCACUGCGAAGCGGCUUUACCAGUGUAAAGAAUGAGCUUCUUCCCAGCCACCCGCUAGAGCUGUCUGAAAAAAAUUUCCAGCUAAACCAGGACAAGAUGAACUUCUCCACACUCAGAAACAUCCAGGGUCUUCAUGCUCCUCUCAAACUGCAGAUGGAGUACCGGGCAGCCAGACAGAUCCAGCGUCUGCCGUUCUUACAGAGCUCACACUUGGCUCUCGACACACUGCGGGGCAGUGACGAGGCCAUCGGUUUCGAGGACAUCCUCAACGAUCCAGCCCACAGUGAAAUGAUGGGCGAGCCACACAUGAUGGUGGAGUACAAACUGGGGUUGUUGUGAAAGAAGGACACACAAGAUCCACACAUAGAUUAGCUUAUUAUGUCUGCAUACAUUUAUCAACAAAAACUCAGCUGCUGCACAGUUGAAGUGACUAGUUUUGGGCAGGGAAUGGGCUUGACGGGUGAGUGUGUGAUGAGUUUGUAAAUUACAUGUGGGGCGUUAAAACGGUCACAUUCAUGGCUGUUUUUGUAUGAUUCCAAUCCGGUUGUUAUUUCUAAUAAACCUCAUAACCUUCCUCACGA